ACCAUGAUUAUUAUGCACGUUGAAUUGGAACCGGGCUAUCGCAAGGCCGACAUCAAUAAUUUACCCACAGUGAAUAGUCAGACGGUAUUUGAUUUCAUAGCAAAAGUUGCCAAGGGACAACAGAAUUUAAUUCCAAUAAAUCUUUUUGUAAACUUCUUUAGGCAACAAACUCAGGAUGCCGAUUUACGUGUGGACUACAUACAAAUACGCCGCCUGGCCGAAGAGACAGAUGUUAAGGCUUUGGUAUUCCCUGCCGCCACAGCAUUAGCUUCCCGUGUGGAGGGACAUGUGCGUGUCAGUAUUAAAGUGGAUACAAAGAAGCAGGCAAUCACGGAAUCGGUGUGUGAACGUUGCGCGGGAAGGGAAUCCUGUCCCCACAUUUUAACGCUAAUAUUUUGGCUGCAUCGCAAAAGCACCGAUACGGAUACCCCAAUUGUUCACGAUUUUUGGGGUCAUGAAACAGAAUCACUAAUGGAAGAAGGACGCAUCGAAUCGUUACGACUACGCGAUAUAUUUGCUUGUGAAGAGUUACGUAUGGAAUGUGAUGUAGAAGCCGCUGCGGUGACAGAUGUCGAAGGUGCCGCAUUCUUAGAAGCUGUUCUCGAUGAAAUGGAAGGCCAAGGGCUAAAAGAUUCUGCCUUAUAUCGUCACUUUAGGGGAGUAAUGGAAGAAUUCGAACCCAUAUUUAUACAUCAUAGCCUUUUGGAUUGCAAAAAUAAUGGUAUUAAAGAUUCGAAUACUUUCCUACAAUAUAUGGAGGAGCAGUGUAAACAAGGCCUUUUCGAUCGGGUUGCUGCCAUUUCAAAAACCAGUUAUAAAACCUCCUUGUGGCUGGAGACCCAAUAUAUGAGACUGAGAUGUUCGCUAAUACAUCGUAUUGCCUCGCGGAAGGACACAAUAGAAGAUGAACAAAUUUUAGAGGCUUUGUUUUGUAAAAAUCGUGAUUGCAACAUUGAGGAGAAACAGCAGAUGAAACAGCAUAAACGUUUCAUAUUGAAACAAACUGAGAAAUUGGAAAAUAAAACCUAUCAUGAAUGUGGCCUGCUGAUUAGUGAAAGUUAUCCGUACAUUUGUGCCUCACCCGAUGGCAUAACCGAUGAUCAUAUUGUGGAGAUAAAGGCACCAAAGACCGAUGAGGAAUUUGAAAAAUAUCUGGAGGGUCGGGAGACAAUUGCUCCCAAAUAUAUGGCCCAAAUACAAAUACAAAUGUAUACGGCAAAUGUCACGAAGGCGUUGUAUUGUGUGCUGAGUCCCACCUUUGAUACAAAUGGGGCGCUACAUUAUGUCUGGGUCCAGGCGGAUAUGGAAUUUGUGGCAAGUUUACUAAGUGCGGCCGAAGACUUUUGGAAGGAGGUGGUAUUUCCGCGAUUGUCGAAAAUUUAUUUUUAAAUU